CGGUUGGGGGUCACUCGCCCGGCUGCUGCAGCCGUCCCAAGGGAGAUGUGGGCCCUGGUGGCGGGGCUGUGGCUGGGCUCCCUGCGGGCCACGGGCGGCGUCCAGGGCGCGCCGUGCGAGCCGGUGCGCAUCCCCAUGUGCCGGCACAUGCCGUGGAACCUGACCCGCAUGCCCAACCACCUGCACCACAGCACGCAGGAGAACGCCGCGCUGGCCAUCGAGCAGUACCAGGAGCUGGUGGAGGCGGCCUGCAGCCCCGUGCUGGGCUUCUUCCUGUGCGCCAUGUACGCGCCCAUCUGCGCCCUCGACUUCCUCCACGAGCCCGUGCAGCCCUGCCGCUCCCUCUGCCAGCGCGCCCGCGACGCCUGCGAGCCGCUCCUGCGCCGCUACAACCACACCUGGCCCCCCGCCCUCGCCUGCGACCACCUGCCCGUCUACGACCGCGGCGUCUGCAUCGCCCCCGAGGCCAUCGUCACCGACCUGCCCGAAGAAGAUGUGAAGUGGAUUGACUUAUCAGAUGAUGUGACGGUUCAAGAGAGACCUCCACCUGUCGAGUGCAAGAACUUCAACCCCGGUCGAUGUAAAUGUAGGAAGAUCAAGCCAACGCUGGCCACGUACCUAACCAAAAACUACAGCUAUGUUCUUCACGCAAAAGCCAAGAGCCUGGAGAGAGGCAGCUGUAAUGAGAUCAUCACAACUGUCGAAGUGAAAGAUGUAUUCAAAUCUUCAACUCCAGUUCCCCGCUCUCAAGUCCACCUGUACGCCAAUUCGUCCUGCCGGUGCCCACCUCUUGCACCAAAUCAAGAUGUACUCAUUAUGUGCUAUGAGUGGCGCUCAAGGUUGAUGCUUCUGGAUGGAUGUUCAGUUGAAAAAUGGAAGGACCCCUUGAGCAAAAGAUUCAAGAGGUGGGAGCAGCGACUCCAGGAACUCAAGUUACGAGCAGCCCAUAACAAAAACCAAAAUGCGAGAAGCUUCAGUCGCAGCGGGGCACAGAAACAAAACUCCAAGAACACCAACCCGGUGCUUAGCGGCCCUAAGAAGAUCAAUCAACCGAGACGUGACCGGAAAGAAGUCAAUAUCAAAAGAAUAUAAAUUCCCAAUUCUUCUGAGGAAAAGAUUCGCUUGCAUGACAAAGGUUCCAUCGGCCUGAAAGGUGUUAAUCAGUGUUCCCCGAACUCACAAACAUUUGCAGCAAUGUCCCAGACAGCCAUUAUUUGCUGCCAUUUGCUUUUUACAGGACUGCCUUUUCCUGCUAAACAACAGAUAUAGGUGUUGUGGCCACAUCUGAUUGAUCAAUGAAAGUCAGUUGAUUAGGUUAAACAUGGUUAAGCAUGGUUAAACAGCAAAUACGUUGUGUGAUUUGGAAAUGUGGUUGAAAAAUAGGAGGCAGACAUGUUUCUGUUGCCAUUUCAGCAGAUCUGAAAUGUACCAUGAGGUUAUUUGUGCCUGUGUUUGAGGUCCACCUGGAUUUCUUCUGGAGUAACCAAUAAACAUCUGGAUCUGUUAUGCUGUUCAAACAUGAAUUUGGCAGGAAUUGGUGAACAUACCAAGGCUGGUUUUACACAUGUGCUCCAGAUGUGGCAGCCGCUGUUGUUUCCCUUGUGAUGAGACGUACUGUGCAGAGAGGGCACACAUCAAAAUACAGUAUCUAAUUUUGGGUUCCUCUGUCUCUAGUGCUGUUUUGUAGAAGUAUUGUCAGUGUGAGAUUUCUUCGCACCCUCUGCUCAGGGCAGGUGGUGUAUAUGUGUAUGUAUGCCAAAAUGGUGGCUGUUUUGUUAAGAGCCCCACAAAUGUUCCUAAAGACAUGAGUCUUUGAUCAGCAUGUGUUUGUAUAGCAAAAAUAAUCCAAAUCCCUUCCUCAUCCUCUACUUUAGGCCAGCUUUUUCAUCAAUGUUAAUUGUUGCAUGUAAAAUUUUCACAACGUUAAUUGCUGCAUAUAAAAUUUUUAGAGUACUCUAAAAACAAAUUAUAAGCUUAGAAAUUAUACUUUUGGACUUGUCACUCGUAGAUUUCUUAUGAAUAGAGGUUCUUUUCAAACAUGGAAUGAAAUUAUUUCAGCCUUUGAACUGGAAGCAUGGUUAAACAGUAGGCUCGCUGUGUGAUUUGGAAAUGUUGUUGAAAGACAGGAGGCAGCCAUUUCAACGCAUCUGAAAUGUACCAACAUGAGGCUAUUUAUGCCUGUAUUAGAGGUCCAUGGAGGGAACCCAUUAACAAGCAUAGCCUAAGAAGUGCAUGGACUGAAACUCUACACUGAGAUGGAUGGGGAACUUUUGAAGGAGAGGAGCAUCAAUUCUCUUGUGCCCAUAAACUAUCUAUUGACAGGGGUGUACUCCCACUGGGACAUGUGAUGUCACAUGUCCCCGGGUGCAUGCCAUCUAAUCACGUGGGGGGCGCCGGCCGGGUCCUUACACCUGACCUCUUCUGCAGCCUGGGUCCCGGUGGCUCCCUCUGUGCCCAGGUCACGCUCACGGCUUUGGGCAGUAGACCUGGUCACCGUCACCAGCUUCAGGUGGCAGACUUGGGUACCUUACCGGGUUUCGGGUGGUAGACUUGGGCACCUCGCCGGCUUUCCGGUGGUGGACCUGGGCGCCAUUGCCAACCUGGCGCUCCUCCAAGAGAUUGGUAGACGGCUCAAUCUCUCUCCCCCACCCCGAUAUCUAGGGAAAAUGGAGCCAGGAUGGUGGUGGAAACUCAGAUUUUGCCCCGGGCUCCAUUUUCCUAAAUGUCUCUGUCUCUUGAUCAAGGCAAUUGUCUAAAAUAUAGAGAAAGAGGUAGGAAGACAUGCAAGUGCAGUUGGGCUUUUUGCUUUCUUUUCUCCUCCUCUCCCAUACUCCUGCCAUUUUCCCUGGACUGUAUCAGAAGCUGCCAUUGAAACCUCCCCAACACUCUUGAAGUAGCAGGUUUUGGCUGCUCCUGCUUAUUCCCAGUAUCCUUCUUACUACAAACACUGCCUACUGUGCAAUGAUGUGUGCUUGGGUUCUGUGGUUCCCACUUCUUGCAGUUGUGUCCAAUUAUGCAUGCUCUUUUCUAGGGUUGCAGUUACUCGGUUUAUCUAAGUUCCACUAGUUCUUCUUUAAGGGCACAAUGCAGAUAUAUACAUAUGAGAGAUCAUAUGUGUUGGCUGGAUGUUUAUACUUUGCAGCUAAGGGCUGUGUCCCUUUUUCCUCUCUCCCUGGUAUGAUUUACAGAUGGAAUGUACUUUUUUUAAAAAAAGUUUUGGUACUUCGUUGUUUUUUCAAUGAAACUGCUUGAGGGGGAGGGACCAUAGCAGUCAGCCAAUCAGCAUUUUGCACAGCCAGCUGUCAGCCAAUCAGUGCUGUCUAAGCCAAUUCCUCUACAAAGCACAGUUUCCCCAGCGCUUGACCUUUGUGCAGAUUUAUGAAGUAAACACUCCUAUUGUGUAUCAGUUUCUGUCUUUGAAGAUGUCGUGUGCAUCUUAAGUAAUAAUGCAGAGAAAUGUACAAUUGCCAACUUAACAAGACACUGCUAUUAUAACAAAUAUUGUAGAUUUGGUAUUCCUCUUUCACAGUGGGCUAACUGAAACUUCUUCAGAUGUAUAAGGCUGCUAGGUGUGUUUUAUUUCUGUGAAAAUAAAAUAUUAUUUGCUGCUUUGAAUUGAGAGGAAAACGAGAAUGCUUUCCAGCCUAGAUUUUGCACCUUUCAAUUAUAAUGUGUCAGCAUUAACAUUCUACUAUUUGAAAUAAUAAAUGGUAAUCCCCCAGA